GCAGUCCGGGGGAGGCUUUUAAUUCCAUUGUGGAGAGGACGGCGUUAUUUUUAUUAACUGGAGGCGACGGCGGCUGCGGCGGCGGCGGCGGAACCCGCCUCCUCCGGGGUAUGAAAAUCGGCAGCGGGUUCCUCAGUGGCGGCGGCGGUAGCGGCAGUAGCGGUGGUAGCGGCUCCGGCGGCGGCAGGAGAGCAGAGAUGGAGCCCACCUUUCCCCAGGGUAUGGUUAUGUUCAACCACCGGCUCCCCCCGGUCACCAGCUUCACCCGGCCGGCGGGGACGGCCGCCCCUCCCCCGCAGUGCGUGUUAUCCUCCUCUACCUCCGCAGCCCCGGCCGCUGAGCCCCCCCCUCCGCCAGCCCCGGACAUGACUUUCAAGAAGGAGCCGGCGGCGUCAGCCGCGGCCUUCCCUUCGCAGAGGACCUCCUGGGGAUUCUUGCAGUCUUUGGUGAGCAUCAAACAGGAGAAGCCCGCAGAUCCCGACGAGCCGCAGUCCCACCACCAUCACCACCACCACUAUGGGGGGCUGUUCGCUGGGGCAGAAGAGAGAUCUCCAGGCCUAGGAGGCGGGGAAGGGGGGAGCCACGGCGUCAUCCAGGACCUCAGUAUUCUCCACCAGCAUGUCCAGCAGCAACCAGCCCAGCACCACCGUGAUGUAUUACUGAGCAGCAGCAGCAGCAGCAGCAGGACUGAGGACCAUGGCAGCGAGGAGCCAAAGCAGGACACUAAUGUAAAAAAGGCAAAGAGGCCAAAGGCAGAAUCUCAGGGAAUCAAAGCCAAGAGGAAGCCAAGUGCAUCUUCCAAACCUUCUUUGGUUGGAGAUGGAGAAGGUGCCAUCCUCUCCCCAAGUCAGAAACCUCAUAUCUGUGAUCACUGUAGCGCUGCUUUCCGGAGCUCCUAUCACCUGCGGAGACACGUCCUCAUUCAUACAGGAGAAAGACCUUUCCAGUGCAGCCAGUGUAGUAUGGGUUUCAUUCAGAAAUACCUACUGCAGAGACAUGAGAAAAUUCAUAGUAGAGAGAAACCCUUUGGCUGCGACCAGUGCAGCAUGAAGUUUAUUCAGAAGUACCAUAUGGAGAGACACAAGAGGACACAUAGUGGAGAAAAGCCAUAUAAGUGUGACACUUGCCAACAGUAUUUUUCAAGGACUGACCGAUUGUUGAAGCACAGGCGUACGUGUGGUGAAGCCAUAGCGAAAGGAGCCGCAAGUGCAGAACCUGGGUCAUCAAACCAUAACAGUAUGGGUAAUCUGGCUGUGUUGUCUCAGGGAAGUACAAGUUCUUCACGGAGAAAGUCGAAGUCAAAAAGCAUAGCUAUUGAAAAUAAGGAACAUAAGACUGGCAAAGCAAAUGAAUCACAAAUGUCAAAUAACAUAAGCAUGCAGAGUUACUCAGUAGAGAUGCCUACUGUGUCUACCACUGGAGGCAUAAUUGGCACUGGUAUAGAUGAACUACAGAAAAGGGUGCCAAAAUUGAUCUUUAAGAAAGGAAGCAGAAAGAAUCCAGAUAAAAGCUACCUUAAUUUUGUGUCACCAUUGCCAGACAUAGUUGGACAGAAAUCCUUGUCUGGUAAACCAAGCGGCUCACUUGGUAUAGUAUCAAAUAAUAGUGUGGAGACCAUUAGUCUUCUCCAAAGUGCGAGUGGCAAACAAGGUCAAAUAAGUAGUAAUUAUGAUGAUGCCAUGCAGUUUUCAAAGAAAAGAAGAUAUUUACCAACUGCCAACAGCAACAGUGCCUUUUCUAUAAAUGUAGGACACAUGGUCUCCCAACAGUCUGUCAUUCAGUCUGCAGGUGUCAGUGUUUUGGACAAUGAGGCGCCAUUGUCACUUAUUGACUCCUCAGCUCUAAAUGCUGAAAUUAAGUCUUGUCAUGACAAGUCUGGAAUUCCUGAUGAGGUUUUACAGAGUAUUUUGGAUCAAUACUCCAACAAAUCAGAAACGCAGAAAGAAGAUCCCUUUAAUAUAACAGAACCACGAGUGGAUUUACACACCUCAGGAGAACACUCAGAAUUGGUUCAAGAAGAAAAUUUGAGCCCAGGCACCCAAACACCUUCAAAUGAUAAAACAAGCAUGUUGCAAGAAUACUCCAAAUACCUCCAACAGGCUUUUGAAAAAUCUACUAAUGCAGGUUUUACUCUUGGACACGGUUUCCAAUUCGUCAGUCUGUCUUCACCUCUCCACAACCACACUUUAUUUCCAGAAAAACAAAUCUACACUACAUCUCCUUUGGAGUGUGGUUUCGGCCAAUCUGUUACCUCAGUGUUGCCAUCUUCAUUGCCAAAGCCUCCUUUUGGGAUGUUGUUUGGAUCUCAACCAGGUCUUUAUUUAUCUGCUUUGGAUGCUACUCAUCAGCAGUUGACACCUUCCCAGGAGCUGGAUGAUCUGAUAGAUUCUCAGAAGAACUUAGACACUUCAUCAGCCUUCCAGUCCUCAUCUCAGAAAUUGACUAGCCAGAAGGAACAACAGAAGAACUUAGAGUCCUCGACAAGCUUUCAGAUUCCAUCUCAGGAGUUAGCUAGCCAGAUAGAUCCUCAGAAAGACAUAGAGCCUAGAACAACGUACCAGAUCGAGAACUUUGCACAAGCAUUUGGUUCUCAGUUUAAGUCGGGCAGCAGGGUGCCAAUGACCUUUAUUACUAACUCCAAUGGAGAAGUGGACCAUAGAGUAAGGACUUCAGUGUCAGAUUUCUCAGGGUAUACAAACAUGAUGUCUGAUGUAAGUGAGCCAUGUAGUACAAGAGUAAAGACACCCACCAGUCAGAGUUACAGGUAAGGUCUUAAGAGUGACCAGGCUGGGGGUCUUCUAAUGUAAUUUUGUUUUAUUUUGAGAACACUGCCAUUGGAAUGUUUAUACACGAUCCUAUUAAGAAUAAUGUAAUGCCCUUUCAAUGCAACUUUUCAUAUUUAGUUUAUUUUGUUAGUGUGAUUUUAGCUCUGUUUGUAUUAUGAUUUUUAAUCAAAAUCAAUAGAUUAAAAAUAGUUUGACAUUCAAAGUGACAAUGUUUAGCAAUCAGAUUUACAUGUAUAGAUUGUCAGGGAAUAGCCCAAAAGUUUUAAAUGCAAAAAAACAAACAAACAAAAAAAAAAACAAAA